UGUUCGAUUAUUGUCGGAUUCAUAGCGACACAGAAAUCCGCCAAACUGAUCUUACCUCCGCGAGCUGCCCAUCGACUACAGACCCGACAUCAUUCCCGGCCAGCAAACCGCACUUGGUCAUUGAGCUGGCGCACACAUCUGUAGGUCCUCGUGCAUAUUGGUACAAUCAUACCGCGACCGAAAGUACUCGCUGUCCGCACUGCUUCUCCACCGUCGUGGUACCACCACUGAAGUCAUCUUAAGCUGCUUUCCAUCUUCCUUCUGCCGCGCUUGAGAUGCUCCUUUACCUUCAUGAUCAUAUUAGAGGCUGACUUGCUUCGGCUGCAUCUCAUACCUGCGAUUGCUUGCUACUUGCAGCCUUUCCGUUCAACUCUCAACACACCUUGUCCCCGUCGUCACUCGCAGCUCGCCUUAUUCUCGCUCCGUUUCUUCAUUAUCGACAACAACUGUCAACCUUUACUCAAUACCAUCCUUAAACAUGCACUCGACAUAUUACCAUGCUUCUAUGGCUUGUCCUCCGACGCAUGUGACACCUGCAAUCACUCGCUGCUUCACCUCUCCACCACCAUGCACCAUCGUCAAUGCCACAAUGUUGCCCUGCCCCCCACCUCUAGAUACAAAUCGAUUCGCCUUCCGACAGACCCAAUACCAGCUACCAAAUUCACAGUGGUACCUAUAUGAAAUCGACUUUUGAAGGGUAGAAGACAUGUUAACAAUUU